UCGGAGGAAAAGUUCAGCGUUGUUUUGGACUGAAAAAAAACUGGCUUUAGCAAAGUGUACGUUUGCAAAAUGGCUAAACGAAACGUUUGGAGUGGCGAGGAAACGAUGGAAUUGCUGGAAAUAAUAAAGGAGAAAAACGCGAUGGAACUGUUCGCCAACACGGCGCGCGGGAAAAAUGAAAUGAACGUUUACAAGAUGCUGGAAGAUGAGAUGAAACGGAACGGCUUCGAUGGCAAGGAUGCGUCGCAGAUAUACCACAAAUGGAAGAAUCUAAAGCGAUCCUUCUACCAAACGAAAAAGAUGAACAAGGGCAGACCUACCUGUGAGUUUUCUGAGGAGUUGGCUGAGAUACUCGAUCAAACGUAUCAACCGAAAAGGAAAGAGCCACAAGAACCAGUUGAAUUGAUCGCAGGGGCUCCUGCUCCCGUGAAAAAGCGAAGCAGUAACCAGUCGAAGACGGUUCGCAAUCAGAUCAUUUCGAAACUGACAAAAGUGCAGGUUGAGAACUCGGAGGAAUUCGCCAAAAAGUAUAACGAACUGUACGAUUAUGAGUUUAAGUUGUACAAGCGGAAGGAAAAAGAACAGGUUGCACUGUUCAACCAAAUGAUUGAGCAAAGUAAAGCAACGUUGGUGGAACGCUGUCGUCAACUUUUCCUCACACCAGUGGUUGAUGAGAGCGCCGACGUAGUGGACGAUUCAAAUGUAGUUGAGAUAGAAACUACACAAAUUAAUAGUAAGGAGGGUAUCACGAAACAGUUUUAUCAAACGGUGGAGUUUGAGUAACGUCAAUCGAUAACGGUCGAUAUGAUAAGGAAACACAUGUAAUUAAAGGCUUAUGCAUAAAGUGAAUCAAUGUUUUUAUUCAGUGGACAAA